AUGCAUCUGCACUUUUGGCAAUCAGUUUUUGGCCCGGGCAGGGGAAAGGGGGCGGGGCAGUACAGGGCAGGGGAAAGGGGGCGGGGCAGUACAGGGCAGGGGAAAGGGGGCGGGGCAGUACAGGGCAGGGGAAAGGGGGCGGGGCAGUACAGGGCAGGGGAAAGGGGGCGGGGCAGUACAGGGCAGGGGAAAGGGGGCGGGGCAGUACAGGGCAGGGGAAAGGGGGCGGGGCUGUACAGGGCAGGGGAAAGGGGGCGGGGCUGUACAGGGCAGGGGAAAGGGGGCGGGGCUGUACAGGGCAGGGGAAAGGGGGCGGGGCUGUACAGGGCAGGGGAAAGGGGGCGGGGCUGUACAGGGCAGGGGAAAGGGGGCGGGGCUGUACAGGGCAGGGGAAAGGGGGCGGGGCUGUACAGGGCAGGGGAAAGGGGGCGGGGCUGUACAGGGCAGGGGAAAGGGGGCGGGGCUGUACAGGGCAGGGGAAAGGGGGCGGGGCUGUACAGGGCAGGGGAAAGGGGGCGGGGCUGUACAGGGCAGGGGAAAGGGGGCGGGGCUGUACAGGGCAGGGGAAAGGGGGCGGGGCUGUACAGGGCAGGGGAAAGGGGGCGGGGCUGUACAGGGCAGGGGAAAGGGGGCGGGGCUGUACAGGGCAGGGGAAAGGGGGCGGGGCUGUACAGGGCAGGGGAAAGGGGGCGGGGCUGUACAGGGCAGGGGAAAGGGGGCGGGGCUGUACAGGGCAGGGGAAAGGGGGCGGGGCUGUACAGGGCAGGGGAAAGGGGGCGGGGCUGUACAGGGCAGGGGAAAGGGGGCGGGGCUGUACAGGGCAGGGGAAAGGGGGCGGGGCUGUACAGGGCAGGGGAAAGGGGGCGGGGCUGUACAGGGCAGGGGAAAGGGGGCGGGGCUGUACAGGGCAGGGGAAAGGGGGCGGGGCUGUACAGGGCAGGGGAAAGGGGGCGGGGCUGUACAGGGCAGGGGAAAGGGGGCGGGGCUGUACAGGGCAGGGGAAAGGGGGCGGGGCUGUACAGGGCAGGGGAAAGGGGGCGGGGCUGUACAGGGCAGGGGAAAGGGGGCGGGGCUGUACAGGGCAGGGGAAAGGGGGCGGGGCUGUACAGGGCAGGGGAAAGGGGGCGGGGCUGUACAGGGCAGGGGAAAGGGGGCGGGGCUGUACAGGGCAGGGGAAAGGGGGCGGGGCUGUACAGGGCAGGGGAAAGGGGGCGGGGCUGUACAGGGCAGGGGAAAGGGGGCGGGGCUGUACAGGGCAGGGGAAAGGGGGCGGGGCUGUACAGGGCAGGGGAAAGGGGGCGGGGCUGUACAGGGCAGGGGAAAGGGGGCGGGGGCUGUACAGGGCAGGGGAAAGGGGGCGGGGGCUGUACAGGGCAGGGGAAAGGGGGCGGGGGCUGUACAGGGACGCUGGCCAACUGUGGCGUCUCUGCGCCACAGGAUGGCCAGCCGAGGCGGUUGGAGGGAAGGUCUCCCAGUAAAGUGGCCUUGAGUCGUGCAACUCAGCGAGUUUCCUGA